AUGGAUAAUCGAAGCUAUUGGAAAAGGCCUCUGACUUUGCAUGAACUUUUAAUCGAAGCUGAAAAUUUGGAUAUUGAGGAAGGUCACACUCCUAUAGACGUGGUAAUUUUUCCGCCUGAAACAGCGAACGAGGAUCAUACUGACGAGGAUUCUGGUGACGAGGACUUGGUAAAUCUGAAUAAUCUACCCAGCAGUCAACUACGAGCACAUGUCGAAGUUAUUGGCUCUGAUUCAGAGACGGAUCCUGACGAGGAUGUACCUAUCUCGGUACUAUGUGCAAAAUCAAAAUAUGUCUCAAAUUGCAGAGUAGACAAAAGAGAAAUUGUAACACCAGCCAAGUCUUUUCUAUGGACGGAUAAUUCUGCCCUUAACGAUUUUCCUGAUUUUGUGGCCCCAGUCACACCUCCAAACAAUACUUCUCCCCUCAAUCUAUUCGAAUUUUUUUUUGAUAAAGAUGGUUUACACCUUUUAUGUCAUCAUACCAACAAUUACUGCAGGCAAAACAACCGUCCUGCAGAUAUAACAGUAGAGGAAAUACAGUGCUGCAUUGGUGUUUUGAUGGUUACUGGUUAUGUUAGGGUGCCAAAACGAUAUAUGUACUGGGAGACUGCUGAAGACUGUCAUAAUAAAUUAAUUAGUUCAGCAAUUUCACGAGACAGGUUUACAUAUAUAAUGCAAAAUAUUCAUUGCUGCGACAAUAACGCUCUCAAUAAAAGCGAUAAGUUUGCCAAAAUGAGGCCACUAUUCAAUGCUAUGAGUCAGCGAUUUAUGCUGUUUUCUCCAACUGAAGAGAGUUACUGCAUCGAUGAAGCUAUGGUCCCGUAUUAUGGACGUCACCCAACUAAGCAGUUUAUACGUGGAAAACCUAUACGUUGGGGAUAUAAAUUUUGGGUGGGAUCAACUAAACUAGGAUAUGUGACAUGGUUUGAACCAUAUCAGGGAUCAUUCUCACAGCAACAUGUCGAUUCUUAUAAAGACUUGGGAUUAGGACCUGGUGUAGUUUUACGCUUUGAGGAUGCUAUGCGAGAAUCAAAACCGCACAUGCAUUUUCAUUUCUACUUUGAUAACUUUUUUACGACCCUUCCAUUAUUGGAUGUACUUUCUCAGAGAGGUGUAAAAGCUACAG